AUGGAGACUAACGACGUAAAUGAAACAACCGCGUUAUCGGAAAAAUCGUCCUACCAAAUACAUUCUCGAAGAAAUGUUAAGGAGUUCAUUGAAGAGGAGAAAUUGAAGAUUGAGUUUCAAAAAAAUCUCGCGCUCAAAAAACUCGACGAAAAAUUCGAACAAGUGAUGAACCACCUCGAGACGUCCUCGGGUUCUCCUGAUUCUGGGUGUAUUCACCUGCCCCUGACGAGACAGGAAAUCGUGGAGUCGAUUCAAAAGGGGAAUGUUCAUGAUAUUCAAUUUUUGGAGAAAACUGCGAAUAUUGAGGAUGUGGAACAGAAUUCGGAUGCUGAGAAUGACGGAUCUGACCAUGAAGAACUCUCGGGCUGCAGAAUAACAGAAAUUUCUGAAUCUCUCGUAGCGGAUUUUAAUGAGAAAAUUAAGACACAGACUUCAGAAACAGCAAAACGAUUGAAAGACUCGACACCCCAUGAUAAACUCCCAGAAGAUUUCGCCAAACUUUGCAAGGUGGUCGAGCAAAAGGACCACGAUAACCAGAAAAUUUCCGACUGUCGAAUUGAAACGGAAGCCUCGUCAGUAGAUAGUUCUGAUGAUUCUUUGUCACUCUUUGAAGAUAUUGUGAGGAGAGUUCCCAUCCCCGGAAAAACUUAUAAUUUCGAUGAGAAGAAACACGGCGUCAGGAUGACUGAACAGUUCUUGAAGAAACAUUGUAAGGAGAAUAAACUGUACGAAACGCCGUACCUCAAUGAUGUCCUUUACCUGCAUUAUAAAGGUUUCUCCUUCAUCGAAAAUCUGGAAAAAUACACCGGUUUGAAGUGCCUCUGGCUGGAGAACAAUGGAAUCAAGGAAAUAGCAAAUUUGGAGAAUCAAACAGAAUUAAAAUGUCUUUACCUCCAUCACAACGUGAUCGAAGUGAUUGAGAAUGUCGACCAUCUGGAGAACCUGGACACGUUGAAUUUAUCCUACAACAUCAUUAAAAAAAUCGAAAAUCUCGAGGGACUGAAGCUACUAAAUACCUUGAAUUUAUCGCAUAAUUACCUGCAUGCUGUUGAAGACAUAGAGCACCUCCGAUUUCUUGAGAAUUUGUCGAUUCUGGAUGUGUCGCAUAAUCGCCUAGAACCGGUGGAGAUACUUGAGGUUUUCGGAGCCAUGAAAUCGCUGAGGGUACUGACACUGACGGGAAAUCCAGUGAUUAAGACUCUUAAGAUGUACCGAAAAACUUUGAUACUCAAGUGUAAAGAGCUGACGUACCUCGAUGAUCGCCCAGUCUUUCCGAAGGACAGGGCCUGCGCUGAAGCUUGGGAGAGAGGAGGCCCUAAAGAAGAAAUGGCGGAGCGGGACCGAUGGUUUGCGGAGGAGCAGAGGAAAAUAUCGGCCAGUGUAAUCGCAUUGAUGAAGAAGCCGAGGAGAAUUGAGCCUGAAUACGUCGAGAAAACCGAAAAUAUUGAGAACACUCCAUCAACUCCAAAAAAUAGUCACCCGACCGUCAAAUUCUCCUCAAACAUCUUCUCUUCCUCUUCCUCCGAAGACGACGGAGAUGACUCCGACGGAAAAAUCGACGAUUCCCUCGACUCCGAGUACCAAUCACCCCCGAAAAAAUUGAUCGAGGAGAUAUCAACGAUCCCAAAACAAUUUGAUUUCGAAGGGAAUAAGGAAAACGAGGGGGGGAAUCACGAAAACAAAUUAUUCAUCGACAAGAAAACUGAUGGUGCAGUCUCUCCAGAUGAUUUAACUGUGCCAGAAUCAACAGAUCCUCGAGAAAAUCCAUUGGAAAUUGCAGGGGAAAACGAAAAAAUUCCUGUAAACACUUCAAACCAAAAAACAAUGAAUGAUGAAAGCAAGAAAAAUGUUCAAUUAUCCCUAGAAAUGCAACUAACCCAGGGUAAAUAA